AAAAAAAAAAAGGUUUUCUGAAUUUGUAAAGACGUCUUUCUCUCACUCUUAUCCGAAGGUCGUGCUUGCUCUUUGUCUCCCCAAACCUCGGGUGUCACUACUCGUCUGUCUACUGUCUCAUCACCAAUCUCAGCUCUAAUGGCGGCAUCGUCACUUUCCUCUGCAACUUCUUAUCUUCACUCUUUUAGGCGUCGCAACUCCUGCGUCUCUCUUCAAGGUGUUAGCGAUAUGGAAUGUAAUAUUGCGCGAACCAACGUUUCAGUCUGGAGGUCUUCUGCUAACUAUGUUAGGAUGGAUUGUGGUGUUAAGAAGUUUUCUGGGAAGGCUGUUGUUGUGAAACAGUUGCAAAACCGAGCAGGAACUUUUAGGUGUGCAACUAUGGAGGAAGUCGAAGCUGAAAAGUCGUUGAUAGAGACGAACACAAAACAAAGGAUGGAGAAGACUAUUGAAACAAUACGCUCAAAUUUCAAUUCAGUAAGGACAAAUCGAGCUAGUCCAACAAUGUUGGAUCGGAUAGAGGUUGAGUACUAUGGAACUCCUGUCAGCUUGAAAAGCAUUGCUCAAAUUAGUACCCCAGAUGCUAGUUCCCUUUUGAUAUCACCAUAUGACAAAUCAAGCUUGAAGGCCAUAGAGAAGGCAAUAGUUACCUCUCAACUUGGUGUUAGUCCAAAUAAUGACGGUGAAGUUAUCCGGCUGUCCCUCCCUCCAUUAACUUCAGAUAGAAGGAAGGAGCUUGCGAAAGUUGUUUCUAAACUUGCAGAAGAAGGAAAGGUUGCAGUGAGGAACAUAAGAAGAGAUGCUCUGAAAUCUUAUGAAAAACUUGAGAAGGAAAAAAAGCUUUCGGAAGAUAAUGUGAAAGACCUAUCGGCUGAUCUGCAGAAGUUGACCGAUGAGUACAUGAAGAAGGUUGAGUCUAUCUACAAGCAGAAAGAACAGGAGUUAAUGAAAGUCUAAAGCCAGUAGAAUGACAUAAACUUGCCAACUUCGCAAACUGUGAAUUCCGAUGUCCCUUAAUGGUAAAACAUGAUGCCUGGUCUUUUGUUUGCAGUUUCUCUUGUGAAUAACACUACAGAUCCCCGGAAAUAGGCUUUGAUUUAUCAAAACUCGGUAGAAUUGAUUACGCACCAAGUAAUUUUGCCUACUUUAUUUGUAAUGGAUUUCUGGGAAGAUGGUAACCACUUUAAUAGUCAAAUGUUCAUUCAUACUUGA